AUUAAAGAGGAUAACACAAUCACUGCUAAAUGUGAAAGAUAUGAUUGGUACUGAGCUCUUCAAAAAUAAAAGAUACCUUGUUCGUUUCCUGCAACUCAAUUCCUUAUUUACCCUACCAGCGACGAUUUGAUUAUGUAAGGUGACGUGACAAAAUUAGGCGAUACACUUCAUGGUAUCAGCCAUCCUGAUCUAUCAAUGUGAUGAAAAAACCAAGGUCAGCACUUCAUUUCCCAGUAUUGCACCUGAGCAAAAUCCAACAUAGAUUCCCCAAAUUUCCAGAAUAACCUCAUAAAACUCCAUCAAGAUGACUGAAAAUAUCCUCACCUUCUGCACGGCUGAAAUCCCACCCGAACUAAUUUCUCACUUCAUCAAACUCUCCCAACGCACCCAAGAAAGUUCCAAAAUCUGGUCGAUCGUCCGCACACCCACCUCCCUGCCCCUCGGCAAACGCACCCGCACCACCAUCCUCCCAUUCCCCACCGGCUUCCUAAACGCCUCCCUCUCCACGCUCUCCGAAUUCGUGACUUCGGCUCCGCAAACCGAUGGGUAUCAUUUCAGCCGCAAUACAUUCGCGGUACUGGAUGCGCGGAGUAGAGAAGAUGAGACGGUGGUGUUGUGGAGUCGGUUGGACAGUAUGCCGAUGGAGGUAGUGGAGAGCGGGGGAUGGGACGAGGGGAAGAAAACGACCGAGUGGAAGGAUUAUCGCGUCGAGUUUCGCAAGGCGUGUUGGGUGGUGGGGGUGUUGCAGACGAAACCGGGGUUGUUUGGGGAAAUUGUGGAGAAGGGUCAGGGGACUAGUGUGGAUGGGGAGGGGGUGCUCAAAGUGGAUACCCCCAUGAAGGAGUGCGAUUUGGAGGAAGAUGAUGUUUCGACGGAUGAUGAAAGUUUGUAGAAUAAUGGAUGUGCGAUACGUUGUCAGUUUCCUCCUGCCUUGUUUUGAUGGAGGUCCACGGGUCCCAAGGCUACGUCGAACCUACCUAGCCACUGUUGAUCUAGCCACAUCACGUGAUGAAUAUGAUGAUUCUUGAUUUU